AUGCAAACUUCUCAGAGACCUCGAUUGGCGCUGCAGAGCACUGGCCACAUCGUCGUGCUCGCAAGGAGCGAUCACAUCUGCGAGCAUUCACGAAACGACCUGGGCGCAUCUGCCUCCGCAGCACAACUGUGCUCUCGGCACUUUUCGCGCUCGGCAAGCCGCCCAAUGGCGGGCUCACCGAAGGCUGUGGUGCCCAUGGUCAGGCUGAAUCGUCAGGUCUUACCUCUGCAAGACUUUUCGAGGUCAUCUAGACUGUCUCAGACGCAGGGGCACAUCGGCAGACAGCCAAAGAGCACUUCUUCCAAGGUCAACAGUCGAAAGGCCAAAUUAGCAGCGAGACGUGCAAGUAUUUCAAGACCUGUAGCUCCUCGUUCCAGAGCAAGCGUGAAACGUGCUGCUUCAGCUUCGUCAUUUGAAGAUGACUUCGUUCCGCUCAAAGCCUCAGCUUCAUCUCUCAAAUCACACAUCACCUCAGCCGAGGAUCUGUGGUUUCAAGAUUCUUUAACGCCAAGCUCUCCUUCUGGAUUGCCAGCUGGCACCAAUGCUCCUUCGCCGGGCCCAAGUUCCUCUUCUCCACACGCAGCCCAAUAUCCAGGGUCAUCUUACACGUCAAAUUUGAGCAGGCCGAGCAGAGCCUCCGGACCCGCUCCACACCAACUGCCGCGCGCACCAGUCAGAAGGAGACUAGAACCGAAAGAGCACGCCUUUUGUCAAUUGGUCGCGCCUGGAAAUUUGACAGAGGAGGAAAGAGUAGUCUGGAGCGCAGAGGAGAAUGGCAGGGAUAGAAGGGGCGGAUGGGUCGGGCCGGACAAGGCAAAAGAUCAUUGGCAGGAGACGGUGGGGGGAAAGAUGAGCGCGAUGGAGAGACCGGUCGAAAGUGAGUGCGCAUUCGAAAGAUGGUUGCGCAGAGCAUGCAACGUACUCGUGCGCUUUGCUAAUGGUCGUUUUGGUGACCACCGCAGAGGUCGAGCCGCUACGAGAGAUGCACACACCCAGGCUCGCUCACAACCUUUCUCGCGUACUGUUCAAGUAAGUGUGGCAACAGCCGUCGUCUUUCUGGACUGCAGUCAUGCGGUGCUCGAGCAGCUAUGCUGAACUUCGUUCUGCGCAACUCUUUUCACCAGCCCGGGCGUGCAUUGGCUGAAAGAUCCGAGAUCUGGCACGUACAACUUCGAUCCGUAUUUGCGGCACAUUCCGGACGUCGACUUGUUCGACUACGACAGUCUGACGCCUUACCUCACCUCCUCCGUCGAUCCCGAGCUGCGCAAGAUUACGCGGAGGGAGAAGGCCAAGUAUUGUGGGAGCACAAGCAGCAUGACAACGGCCAUGUCACAGAUCUACUUUCAUCUGUCUGGUAACAGGCAACCCGACUUGACGGGCUUCAGCGAAGGUCUGAAAGGUACCGGCUGGACCUUUGCAACGCGCAUGCCUGCCAGCAUCAGAUUGAAGAAGCUUCAGGGAAAAAGUGAAGAUGGCAGGCCGUGUUUCGCAAUCGACCAAGACAAGGAAUCGAGCGGUGAACCAGAGGAUAGCAACUACGUGCUGACUCAGCUUGGCAAGAGUCUCGAGAAGCUCCUCACUUCACCGCCCGAUGUCUACGAAAAGCACCUGCGCAUCAACAGCGACAAGCUGUCCCCCGAGGAGAGGAACAGACCGGAAUCGUAUCAUUAUGCUAGGAGCGGAGGCAUCGUCAUGCGAAGUCAGUUGGACUGCAUGGACCCGCGUCUUCCUCGUCGAACGUUCGACUUGAAGACGAGAGCGGUACACGCUGUGCGUUUGGACAGGGCCAACUGGGUGGAGAGCGGCGGCUACCGAUUGCGCAAGCUCAAUGGCGCAUACGAGAGCUUUGAACGAGAGCUGUACGACAUGGUGCGAUCCGCUUUCCUAAAGUACUUUUUUCAAGCCAGGAUAGGUCAUAUGGACGGCAUCUUUGUCGCGCACCACAGCACCCUCGCAAUCUUUGGUUUUCAGUACAUCCCGCUCGAGGAGAUGGCAAGGAGAAUUUUUGGGAACAUGGAAAUGGCAGAGCAGAGUUUCCGACUUUCCUUGGCUAUGCUCGAGGAGAUUUUGGAUGCUGCUACUGCGCUCUUUCCGGGACAAGGUGUGAAAAUGACGCUAGAAGCUCAUCCUCACCUUCAAGAUGCUUUGCAAGUCUUUGUGGAGCCGGACUUUGACGCAGGUAGUCUCAAAGCUGCGCAAGCUCGCGAAAGUCAGAAGUCCGAGAGUGAUGCGGACGACGAAGCAUUCGCCGUCUUGAGUGAGGCUAUCGACACAACGAGCACGAUUCAGAAGGAGUUGAAAAAGGGGCCCAGAACUAUCGCCCAGCUCGAAGUGCUCAUGGAUAGGUAUCUGGAUGGCAAUCUUGUGCGCGGACCUGUGGACUUCUCAAGUUUGCCUGGAAGGAGCGUCGAUGUACGAUCAGAGAACGAGAUCUUGAAGAGAGCUCGAGAUGCUUUGAACCCCGUCGACUGUGAGUAGGAGAUCCCAUUUUCAUGCAGACAGCACCGCAACGCCGACCUAAUGCAUAUCUCUCCUCCAUCAUUCGACCAAAUGCAGGGCAAGUCGAGUGGUCGAUCAAUCCUCAGCCUCAUCUAAGCGAAGCGACCAUCCGACGCAAUCUGGAAGAUGUCAGAGCUCGACAGCAAGCCUUUGCCAAUCUGAGCUUACCGAAUGCUCGAGCGCUCGAUGAUCGGGACGAAGAGCUUCUGCAGACCCUCGCUUCUAAUCCUGAUGCGCUCAAGAGGUUCCUGGAGGAGCGUAGCAAGGGGAUUGGUCUGCCUGCCGCUCCCGGGCAGAGUCGAAGUGGGCCCGAAGCUUCUCAAGCCAAGGACUCUCACGCAUCUUCGCCCACAAGCACGCCUAGCAACGGCAAGAAUCUACCCGAUGCCGCACCCGCAAGCAUCUUUUGGAAAGAAGCAACGUCGGACCAGAUCAGCAUGCGAGCCUUGGCGCGAUUGGGAGCGAGAGAUACGGCGCUACAGGAAGCUGAGGAUCGCUUCGAUAUUUGGAAGCCUGAGAGCCCGUUUAGGGUGCACAGGCAGGCUUAUGCUAAGCCUGCCAGUAUCACUGCUGAUGAUGAUCUCCCCACGAAAAUGCCCACCCGGGAUCCUUCCUUCCAAGCUCCUACUUCCGCAAUGAAGUCAUAA